AUGGCCAAACUCCGGGUCCUCCACAUCGGCGACAACAUUAAAUACAAUCACGACGUCUACCAGCGCUUCGCAUCGGAAUUCGAGCUCAUCCAACCCACCACCGCCGAGCGCCAACGCGAUGAAUUCAUCCGUGCAUUGAAGGAGCGCCGAUGGGGCGACUUCGAUGCCGUCUUCCGUCCUUUCUGGAAUACAGGAGGUGAAAUGGGGAGAUGGGAUGCGGAGUUGAUUCCUCUGCUCCCGAAGUCGGUUAAGGUUAUGGCUUCUGCGGGCGCUGGGUAUGACUGGGCGGAUGUGGAUAUUUUUGCCAAGCACGGAAUCGUGUACUGCAACGGCGCAGCAGCAUCCUCCGAAUCCGUCGCCGACAUGACCCUCUUUCUCAUCCUAGCUGUCUUCCGCAACUUCGCCUGGUCGCACCAGGCCGCUCACUCUGUCAACCCUGCACGCUUCCUUGAUGCACACCAGAACUCUCCCUUAACUGCCUAUAACCCGCGCGGCCGCUCGCUUGGUAUUAUCGGGAUGGGUCAGAUCGGAUACAUGAUUGCGCAGAAAGCCCACGCUGCAUUUGGCAUGAAGAUCCAGUACAAUGAUCUCUUCCGGAAGAGCCCGCAGCAGGAGAAAACUGUUCAGGCGACGUUUUUCAAGGAACUGGAUGACCUGCUAGCCAACUCAGAUUGCGUGGUGGUUGCCACGCCCUUCGCAGGCCAAAAACUCAUCACAACAGAGAGACUGCAAAAUUUCAAGAAGGGCUCGCGGUUUAUCAACAUCGCGCGCGGAUCGUUAGUCGAUGAGGAGGCGCUUCUGCAAGCACUCGAUAGCGGACAUCUCUCCGGAGCAGGCCUGGAUGUGCAUGACAACGAGCCAAACGUGCACCCGCGCCUGGCCAACCACCCCAAGGUUAUGAUGAUGUCACAUAAUGCUGGUGGGACUGUAGAUACGCACGUUGGCUUUGAGAGAUUGGCGAUGGAGAACAUUGAGGGAUAUCUCCUUAAGGGGAAGGCUUUGACGCCGGUGAAUCUGCAUAUGUUGCCGAAGGGGCCUACAAGUAAGCUGUGA